AUGCGGCAAGUCUCUCCGGAAGCUGAGGCCAUUUUCGACUUCAUAAUGGAGCUCCACCGAUCCUGCGCGGGGAACUGGCAGAGCAUGGCCGGUUACGAUGGAGUUACCGAGCGAGACGUCCGCGCCUUCGCAGAGUACGCUGCUACCUUCCUGUCGAACGUUGGGAACUACUAUGGAUCGGGGGACCAGAAAUUCGUACCCAGAAUUAGCUACGGAUCAUUGCGGGUGCUUUCCAACCGAACGAGAAAGCUGCAGAUCCUGUGGCAGACGCUGAAGGACAGCAUCCUGGCAACACAGCCCUCGAGACACGGGUAUCCCAGCCAUGACGCCCAGAGCGCUUACUACCUCGGAAAAGACAUCACCAAAGACGAAAUCGCUCUUGUGUCCAGACACAUGGACGCCCAUACGAUCAUGCCAGAGAAUACGCGGAUCCGAAAAACAGGGGAUAUAUCCUUCGAAGUCUUGCAGGCCUCGGAUCCCGCCAUGGUGAUUGACAUGCCAUUGCCCCUUGAGGGCUCGCCGCUGGACAGCUACGUCGUCGGCAAGUACUUGGAGAGCUUCAGACUCGGAAGCCUAGAGAAAUACCGGGACUCGCAAAGAUUAUGGGUUACCGACAAGGCACCGAAGGUUGAGAGCGUCUUCGGGUUCGUGGAGCCUUACCGAGACCCGGCAGGCAUACGUGCAGAGUUUGAGGGACUGGUCGGCAUCGCAGAUGCUGAGGAGACCAAACUGUUGUCGAACUUAGUCCGACAUUCCGACAAGUUCAUUCGCCGGCUACCCUGGGCUUCGGCUGAGAACAAUGGAAAAGGGGCCUUUGAGAAGUCGCUCUUCGACCCUCCUGAUUUUGCAAGCAUCCAUGCUCUUGCCUACUGCUCGAGCAUAGUAUUUCCUGGCAUCAAUCUCCCUAACUACAACGAUAUUCGUCAUAAUGUGGGAUUCAAGAACGUCAUCAUUGCCAAUCGAAUGGCGGCCGAAAGCACAGCGAUUCAGUGGCCAUUCAUUCCAGAUUCUGAAGCGGAAGCGUUCAAGAAGAACAUGUAUCCCGCAUACUACUGGUGGGUCGUGCUCCACGAACUAUUGGGUCAUAGAACUGGUAAGUUUAUGGUGGAGGAGCAGCCUGGCAAAUUCAACUUCGACAUCAAGCAUCCCCCUACGGACCCCUUGACCGGAAGACCCAUAAAGUCCUGGUAUCGGCCUGGGCAGACGUGGACUGGCAUCUUUGGCGAUCUCGCAACUACAGUCGACGAAUGCCGAGCCGAGCUGGUUGGGGCUUAUCUCAUGGACGACACCGAGCUGUUGGCUCUCCUCGGAUUCACGAGCAAGACAGAUAUCAAAGCUAGCGACCUGACGUACAAUCUCUACCAACACCUUGGGGUCGAUGGCCUUCGCGGCCUCGCGAACGUCAGCGCAGAUGGAAAGAAUUGGGGACAGGCACAUAGCCGUGCACAUUACGCGAUACUCCGAUGCCUCCUUCGAGACGGCCAUGGAUGCAUCCGAAUACAGCACGACGAGCAGAGAAACUCGCUAAAGGUACACGUCGACCGCUCGAAGAUCCUGACGCAUGGAAAGAAGGCCCUGGGUAACAUGCUGCUGCGGCUGCAUGUGUAUCGCUGCACUGCCGACGUCCAGGCUUGCCGAGAGUACUACGAGGAUCUCACCAAGGUAGAUAACGAGGCCCUGAGGUGGAGAAAGACGGUGGACGCUGAGAAGCCGCCACCCAUGUUGAAUGUGCAGGCCAACACGUUCUUGCGAAAUGGAGAAGUGGCUAUGAAGGAGUACGAGCCUACCGUGGAGGGCAUCAUCCAGAGCUGGUAUGAUCGUGAAGUCUGA